UUGUGUUGUUUUGUUGUUGUUCUGGGCUGUGGUGCUGUUGAUUUUCUCUGUAAUAGCUCUCUGGCAUUUAGGCCACUCCUGGCCAAGGAAAAGAUCUCUAAAAGAUUUCAGUUAAAACGAAUUCUAGCAGUUUGUAAUUUCAGCUAAGCUUGUUUAAAGCUUAAUUCUUUAUGCUCCUCAGAUGCGUGUAUCAACAAAUAUUUCCCAGCUUUUUAAUGUCCAAGUAUUUUUCCCGUUCCCUGUCUGAGGAGAACAGAGGGAAAUGUCUCUUGGCUUCCUUGGUGCAAUGAACUUAGCAAGAAGCCACGCCAUCGGAUUCUUUAUGUAACUCAGAUGUUGCUUGGUCUCGUUCAUCUUGCUGAUGUCUGGGGGAAACUGCUUUGCCAGAGUUAUUUUUGGUUUCAGUGGAAGCUGUCGGAUGAAGAUGGGGCCUUUGAGCAGCUGGGGUUUGAGGGAGCUGCUGGUAGGCUUACGGGUGGUUCUCUCUUUGCCAUCCCUCAUCCCUUGUGCUGCGUGUCCUUCCUGCAGUUUGUAGGAGCACAGAAUCAGAUGCGGUCUUGUUUUAAAAGUUCUUGUUCCCUCUUCCAAAAAUUGAGUAAAACAGGAUCUUCCUGUGGGAAGGGGUGGGUGACAGUGCACAAGGACUUCGGAAACUUGAUCUGCUGUGAGCAGAACCUGCCAGUGGGCUUACGGGCCACUAACAGCAGCACUAGACAGGUAGUCUCUUACUAAAUAAUAAUUUGAACUUAUUUUUUUGCAAUUCAGUGGCAAUUUUAAAAUGAGGGGAAAAAAGGCAGAAAAUUGAGAGGUGUGUUGUGUUGGUUUAAACUGUGCCUAAAUGCAUCUUUUGCCUUAGGGAAAGUGCUAAAAGUAGUGUAAAGGUAUUCUCAGGCAUGUCUUGUGUCACAGUUCAUGUUAAUAGGUCUUAAAAAAAUAGUGAUGUAAGAAAUAUAGACCAUGUUUAAGAGGGGGAAUAACAUUCAGUAGGUUUCCUUGAGCUGAAGGUUAUAACUGAUGACCAAAUUCAUUCCAUCCCCUGGGGGGUCUCAGCAUUUCUUAACCUAGGAAGAGGUUAAUAGCCUGCUAAUUAGUUUGUACCUCCAUUGACACGGGAAAAAAAAGGAGAGGGGAGAUCUGGGUACAGAUGGUGAAGUUGUGGGAGCCUGAGCGACCUCAGCAGUGCUCGGGCACGUGCUGGUCCUUGUGCUUAGGAAGGUUGUGCAGUGGAUGGUUGUAGAUUUACUUCAUAUUUUUAGUUUUACUUGGUACUUUGAGAUCAUACAUCUGUGUGCCCAGGGUGCUCCUGCCAAGCCUUGCCUGCUGCCAGGCCUGUAAAGACAUGCUAUGGACAGGAGAUUCUGGGCAAUUUCUGACCCCUGUAGGUAAAAGCAGCGGUGCAUCAAGUGAUUUAUUUAUUUUUUUGAGACAGAUCUGUAACACAACUGCAUAGACAUGAUGGUUGGGCACUUAGUAGGCUGUGAAGGCUUCAGCUUGGUCUUCUGUGCACUAAAAUGCAGGCUGUCUGUUAAGGAAUAUUUUUCCUACUACUCUGUAACGCUCUGUCCUCUGAAAUGAGUUAUUUGGUUUGUUUGGGGUCCCCCUGCUGCUCCCUGUCAUGUUUGGACACGUGAUAGCUUUUCUAUAAGCAGGCUUUACAUCGUGAACUUCAGUCCCGUGCCAGCUGCUGCGAGAACCAGCUUAGUGCUUGCUCCCUGGAGCAGUGAGCUGCCUGCUAGCAGGGCCGUGCACACCUACAGCUCCUUCAGAACAGGGGCUGUGAACUCCUGUUCUCAUACACCAGGGACCUGUGAGCAGUUCCACGCUGAUGUUCCUGUGCUCCACUUGCUUUAGCUUCCUUUCAAGCUGUUCAGUUGGAAUCUCGAGGUGGCUUGGAGAAGAGAGAACUGCUUACCUCUAGUUUUUGUUCUCUGGAGAUGGCUUCUUGUGACACAAUUCCCGGUGACUUCUGCCCACACACAAACAUUGCCUGAAAAGAAUCAGUUGUUUUUCUCAGAUAACACUUAAUUGGGACUCCUUGGUGUUGUGUGGUUGUGGGUUUUUUUGUUUUUUUUUGUGGUGUGCUAUUGAACUGCCUUAUUCUGAUGUUUAGCUUAGGAAAUGGGCAAACACAAGUGAGGCUUCAGGCCCAUCUGCAGGUAUCUGAGGCUUAAAUGCUCCUGGGACUUGCAGCCUGGCUUUGGUCAGCAGCUAGUGGAUCAGGAAUGGGAACCUUAAAGCAGACUCAAAGAAAGCGCCGUGGAGGAUCGGUGAAUUCUAGGCAAGCUCAGAAACGAAGCAGGCUGAUAGCUUCCACCACGGAAAUGGCUUCAGAAGCAGAGCCAAUAGAACUUGAAGAAAGUGCUGGUGAAGAAGUUGUAGAUCUCACGUGUGAAUCUUCUGAUCCUGUAGUAGUUGAUCUAACUCACAAUGAUUCUGUUGUGAUUGUUGAAGAGAAUCAACGGCGAAGGAGAAAUCUCAGACUAAGAAGCCAGCGGCAGUCAGACAGCUGUGUGCUGAGCAGCGAUGAUGAAGAUGAAACAAGAGAUAAUGAUGUUUAUGUAACAGAUAAAGUGUCUCGAGAAUUGGGACCACUGGAGGAUGAAACUGCAAGUUCAAAGCCUUCUGGUACCGUGAGUUGUCCGAUUUGCAUGGAUGGCUACUCAGAGAUUGUGCAAAGCGGGCGACUUAUUGUGUCAACCAAAUGUGGCCAUGUUUUCUGUAGUCAGUGCCUCCGUGAUUCCCUUCGGAACGCCAAUUCCUGCCCAACCUGUAGGAAAAAACUCACUCACAGACAAUACCAUCCAAUUUAUAUAUGAGUACUUAACAUUUCUCAGGACAGAUUCAACUGGAUUUCUGGGGAAAAUGUCUUGGUUUCAGUGCUCUGAAGAUUUAAGGAGCAGCAGGUUGUGAACACAUCCAAAUAAAACUGAUUUUUUUUGAGAAUAACUUGUACAUAUAUAAACAGCUUUUUUAUGGUCCAAGCUGCUUCUUGUUAUGUCACUGGUUAUAAUGAAUUUAUGACUGUCUAUAAACUAGACCAGCAGCCUAUAUCAGAAAUGAAGCAGCUAAUCCAUUUCCUUCUACUUUUUUAAUGCGUAAAUAAGGGGGGUCUGAAUAUUUUGUUAUUUGUAACUCUUGAAAUUAUUCCCACCAUUGCGUAUGGAUAUGAAAUAGUUACCUUUCAAAAUACAGAUGAACAAUUUGCCAUUUCAUUACUCUUUUGUUUUUAUCCUAUAAUAUGCUCAUUACUAUAUUAUUUUCUGCUGAAUCAUCUUUGUCCAAGUAGAAUAAGUUCUGUAACAAUUGAUCAUUUCAUCAUAAAUCAAUAUGAAAUUGACACCCAGGGUAAUGCAAUAAAAUAACCUGCUGUUAACCAGCAGUCAGAUUUUUUUUAAAGCAGAAAGCUUGAACAUGUAGAUGUCUUUAUGAACUCCAUGAGAUCUGAAGUACGUAGCCAAAUUGCAACAUGUACAACAUGAAAAUAGUUCUUUGAAUGUUUUAACUGCCAAGAAUUCCUGUAUUUGGAUCACAACAAUGAAUUUAUUUUCUAACAUGAUGAGAUGGUCACUUGGGUUUACCACUCUAUAGAGCUCUGUCUCCUUGUACCUGAGGCGAAUGUAGUCUUCUCUAGGCUUGCUAGUGAUGAAUAAGAAGCAAAUUGUAUGCUUUGCUCUUGUCAGCUGAAUACCAAACUACCCAGACAGAUCUUGCUGUAUCAAGUGUACCCAGUGCAAUGCUUCAAGUGCAGUACGUUCACUUCACUGUUCUCUUCAGUCGCUCUGCUGACACACUUGGCUGGUUUCAGCCUGAUGUAUAGUAUCAAAAUUUAAAUAAUUGCAGUACCAUGAAUUUAGAGGAAAUAGAGACUUUAAAAGACAUAUGGCAGCAAUCUUGACUUGAAAAUUUUUUGAAAGAGAAGCUUAAAUUGUCUUUGCCCUGAGGGUCAUGCAUCUUUCUUUUAAAAAGAAGUCAGGUACAUGUCAAAGGAGAGAACUCUUCUAUUUAAACAAGGCAGGAAUACACAUGCGUAUGCACUGCUAGCCAGUUAUUUCUCUUCUUCUAGGACUAAGAUAUAAAUGUCUGCUUAAACCUGAUACAGCUAAACUCUGCCAGCUGAUGUGGAAUCCAAGAUGGGCUGAUACAAAUAGGAUUUUAAUAAUUAAAUGUAGAUGAGAUGAUUAAAAUUGGUGCUUUAUUGUCCAUAUAUGCAGUAGCUGCAUCUGUAAAGGUUGAAAUUCAGUAUGUUUUAAAAAAAAAAUGCAAAAUUAAAUUGUUAAGCCUCCUUUUGGAAGUUUGUUAAUUAUGAAAGCCAUUAGAAGUAGCAUUCUGUGCUCUGGUACAACAGAAUUGUAGGAAGCGUUUAGUUAACAUUGAUGUCUGAUGUAUCUUUGCUAACAUGUCCUAGCGAUCUGUAGGAAGCCUUUAAUUAAAGCAGCUCUUCUAAUUAGCUGUCCUAAGUUCUUGAUUGAAGAUGGCAAUCCAAGAGCUGAGUUUCUUCUUAGGAUGUUUAGGGGUGUUACUGGAGAUAGCAAUCCGUGAAGAGUUCUGCUCCAUGAAGGCCACCUUGAGAAAUGCAAUACUUUCCCCACCCUGGUUGGGGGUAGCUUGGGUUCGGCGUUGUCCUGGGGAGACAGCAGCAAUGUGAGCUCAUAAGAGAAGGAAUAGGGCAGUCAUAGGAUAGUGUGGUGACAAGGCAGGCUGGAGUUGGUGUCCCUGAAACAGAUGAAAAGCUGAAACAGUCCUUUGGGGUUGUUUCAGACAGAACUGCAUGAAGAGAAGCAGCCCAAUGUGAAACUGUGAAAAUAUUUACGGGCCGUAAAGGGGAGGUGGGGGGUGGGUGGAGAACUCUGGCCAGUUUUCCUGCAGUGGUUACUGUGUCAGAGGGACAAUAACGAGAGGGUUUAAUGAGUUACCUCUGGGAAUGACGUUGAGUCACACAUCCAUGCAUCUUUCAUAGUGUACUAGCUAUAGCCUAAACUGACUUUGCACAACUCCCUCCAUGUAAAUAUCACUUUAUAGUUUGUGCUUCAAUAAGUAGGCCUAAUUGAAAUUUAGAUAUCCCAAACUAUAAAAUAUUUAACAAAAAGAAGUUUUUUAGCUUUUGUGUACCCUGUGAAGUGCCACAAAUUUGUGCAUCUCGAAUUUUAAGCUCGCAGUACAUGGAAAAAUGCUAAGUUGCAUUAUACUUUUUUAUUAAAAAUGAAAUAAAAAAGAAACCCCAAUAUAUUUGAGUUCCAGUGAUGUUUCACAUUGGCAAGAACUGAUAGAUAAUAUAAAGAUUUUUCAUUAUGUAAAUGUAUGUCUUGUUGUAUAUAGUUCAAUUUUUCUUGUAUUUAAUUGUAUUCAUGUCUGUAUGUCACAUCUAUGUUGGACUCUGCUGGUAGGCAAACAGUUCUUUUAAACAGGUGGAAAUAAAAUAAAAACUCAAUGAAGUA